AUGAUCAUCGUCUUCACGGGUCUUUUGGAGUUACAAGCGAGUCGGGUUCUUCAGUAGCCAGCCACGGGGCAAACCAUUCGGUCCAGAAGAGCGUGUCUUCCGUCUUGAGAUCUCGGAUUACUCCCCCAAUUCUUCGCUCCUCUAUUUUUUUUCUGGUGCUGCUCAGUGACAGUGAGUGUGUGUGUGUGUGUGUGUGGUGUUUUCGGUGGUGCAUGACCCUUUAACCGCAUGCCCGGUCACGUGAACCACCUUCUGCUCCUUGGCUGCCUGCUCUGCCUGCUCGGCGAUGUGCCGAGGAUCGAGGCUUUCCACCGCUGGAGUCCCAUGAUGAAGGCCUUCCGCUAUCUCCAGGAGACCAUGCUCCGGAAUAGCCUGGAACGUGCCCAUCUCAAUCAUGGCAUCGUCUUCGAGUGUCGCACCAUAUCAGCUAAGGAUUUUGGCAACGAAGUGCAUUUCAAUCUGCAGCUUGGAGACCUUCGAGGAUUUCGUCGCCUCGAUCCUAACAAAAAGUUGGCCCUAUUUUUGCACGGCUGGAAUGAUCAGGGCAGCAAGGAUUGGGUGCAAGAAUUACUGCUAACUUGGACCCUAUUCGACUCCAAUUACAAUGUGUGCGUUGUGGACUGGGGAAACCUGUCGCAGAACGACUACAAGUCCGCCUCCAUGUCCAUUUUCGAUGUGGGCUUAACGGUGGCUGGAAUCAUCAUGGCCCUGGAGGAGCUGCGUCCCAAUCACUUUCAUCGGCGCAACGUGACCUUGGCGGGCUACAGCUUGGGUGCCCAUGCCGCUGGAUACGCGGGCGCGGUGCUGGAGGGUCAGGUGGAGCAGAUCAUUGGCUUGGAUCCCGCUGGACCGCUGUUCUCGCUGCCCGCCGAGGUGGCGCCCAAGUACCGCUUGGAUCCAGGAGAUGCGCAGUUCGUCCAGGUACUUCACACUUCCGGCGGCUCCUUGGGCACCAGUCUGAAGUGCGGCCACGCCGAUUUCUAUCCCAACGGAGGCAGGGCGCCUCAAACGAACUGCAAGAUGUUCGCCAAUCUGCGCGACAUGCAAAAUACCAAUCCCGUUUCCUGCAGUCACUCGGCGGCUGCGAUCUUCUUCCGGCAAUCGAUGGAUCCCGAGUACCCGUUCGUGGGCUACGAGUGCGGCAGCUACCGGCAGUUCGCCGCCGGAUAUUGCGAUGGCAACCGGAAGGCGCGCUUCGGGAUCCAUUCGCAGAGGCGUGCGCAGGGGAGCUUCUACUUCCGCACCGCCCCCCAGCAGCCGUACGUGCCGAGGCGACAGGCCAACUGGCUGAGCGGGGUGGGGCGCAUGUCGUCGAGCACGGUCAGUCAGGUCAGCCAAAGCCCCCUGGUGCUGCGCCUCUGGACGAACAGCUGGCGGCGGCGGGAGCGAGCGAGAGAGCGACAGCGAAGAGACAGAGACAGAGAAAGAUCGCUGUGCGCGAAUAAGUAGUUCCUAGUGUUUUGUUAGUGUUAAAAUAAACGCAGCCUACAUGUA